AUGCUACCACUCCACCUGCUGCUACUGCUGCUGCUGCCGCUCGUCUUCGGGAAGCAGUGUGCUCACUACUCCCAAGAAGUUUUGACCUCUCGUCUUGAGUCGCAUGUUUUGAAGUGCCUCGGACCGGUUACUUCACCUUCUGUGAUCUCGACGCUGACCGAGCGCUUCAUCGCUAAUGACUUCGACCGCCACCAGCCGCUAGCACUCAUGCUUUUCUCUAAUUCUAGCGAUCUUUUGCACUCUCUAGUUGGUGCCGUGGCCUCUUCACUUUUUGGUGCUUCUCGAUCUUUGCAUACAGUGCAGAGCGUUGACUUUCAGGAGCUGCUCAAGCCCUCGCGAACAUCCAACUACGACAUCAAGCAAAGGCUGCGCAUCGCUCUGGUCACACCACUCCACGCGUGCCCCGAUCGUAAUCUCUUCGUCUUUGAUAAUGUGCAGGUACUGGAUGAUACCGCUUUGCCAGUGUUGGACGUGUUUCUGGACCCUCUUAAUGGCAAACGCGCCCAGUUCCAGCACUUUGUAGAGGGUAAAGCCAGCCGAGUCUUUGACUGUACCAAUUCGGUGUUCCUGUUCCUUUACAAAGUCACAGCUAGCCAUUUUCAAUUCAGUGAUGAAAAGAAUAGUAUGAUGUCGUCCAAGUACUGGCGCGAGUAUUUGAUGCAGCAAUGGACACGUUCUGAAGGAAUAAUCGAAGAGUUUACACCCCAGGCCUUCGUUGGAAGAUUAACUGACGCAGUGGCGGUGUUUCUACCCGAAGGAGACAAUAGUAUUGAUGCCACAUACGACCAGUUUAGGCAGUCUCAUGAAUGGCGUCAAAUGUGCAAGCUACUGUUACACGAAGUCGAAGACCGAGCUAUCGGCCCCACAAAAGCUUCCACAACUGCUGCAUUAGCUGCGAUUGCUGACACUAUUGCUGCUGCGGCUCCCAUGAUUCCUGGAGCAAUCGCAAUGAUCGCAAUCCCAGCUUUUUUGCUAGUACUUACACGUGCGAAGCGCUGGAACGGAGAAAUAAGAAAGCUGAAAAAACGGGGUGCUAUUCACAGACGCAGUAGCGACAGCAACAAUGCUCGGCGUAAAAAGAAAAAGAUGCGGAAGCGAUGGGAAAAAAACAGUUUGUAG